UAUUCACUGGAUUCUGAUUCUCUCUUCAUUUCUCUUAAAUCCGACAAUACUGAUAAUGUCUGGUGUUUGGGUGUUCAACGAUGGGGUUUUUCGACUCGUAGAAAAUCCCGGCGAGAGCCAUGGCUCGAAUGCACGCCGGAAAGUUCUAGUCCAUGUCCCCUCUAAUGAAGUUAUUACAUCAUAUUCUGUCCUCGGAAGGAUAUUAUCAUCGCUCGGGUGGGAGAGAUACUAUGAUGAUCCCGAACUUCUUCAGUUCCAUAAGAGGUCUACAGUUCAUCUCAUCUCUCUACCCAAGAAUUUCAACAAGAUCAAGCUCAUGCACAUGUACGAUAUUGUCGUCAAGAAUCGUAAUGAGUUUGAAGUUAGAGAUGUUUAAUUUAUCAAGUGUGCUGCUAAUUUAUGUGUAGUUGAUGAUCAAGUGUUUGGUUGUAGUUUAGAUUUCGUUCGGAAACUUGCAUGUUUGCUGUCACGGUGUUGCUAUUAAUGCUAUAUUUGACAUGGGUUUGGGCUUGUAUUUUAGGACACUGAUGUAACAUACAAACGUUUGUUUAAUACGACAUACGGGGUUUGUUCAUUUUGUUCA